GCCCGGAGGUCGAAAGCCGGAAACAGCGAGCAUGUGUCCUCUGGAGUUGUGUGUAUCUCCAAGCUAAUGUGAACUGUUCAGCUAUACUUCACAAUGAACAGAUAUAGGAGAAUAUCCUGUAGUGACUGGAAAUCCGGUUUGAACGUCGUCUUAUCUCGGGUCAAACCGUGGACAAACUGCUGCCGGUGUCCGGAGGCAGCACCGCCCCUCAGCCGGAGCCAGGCCACGGCCACUCCAGGCUUCGACACGGGAGAGAAGCCCCGGCUAAGGGCGGUCGACCUGGCGCGGAAGGUCCAGCAGGAGUUGAGGAAGCCACAGGCGUCAGAGCCUCCGCUAUCUGGCCAGCAGAAGAGGGUGAUGGAGCUGAAACGGUUCAGUCUGCAGCUACAACAUGUUCAUCCUAACGUGCUGGCCAAACACCUGCACAGAGCCGUGCUGUACCAGGACAAAGAUGUAGUUGUCAUCAACAAACCUUAUGGUGUUCCUGUCAGAGAUGACUGUGGGGCGACAUCGAUCUCCUCUGUGCUUCAUGUUCUCUCCAAAAUGAUGGAUGGGAUGAAGGUCAAGUCUGAUUCUCAGCUGCUCCCUUGUCUGAGGCUGGAGAAGGAAACAACAGGAGCUCUCCUGCUGGCCAGGAGUGAAGAAGUAUUCGAGCACAUACUCAACCUUCACAGAAAUAACCAAGUGCAGAGAAAGUACUGGGUCAUCACAGUUGGUGUACCUGUUCCAUCUGAAGGAGUGAUUGACAUCCCCAUCAUAGAGAGAGAGGUCACAGGCUCUCGACCACACUACAAGAUGGCUCUAAGUCCUCUUUUCAAAAUGAAUGAUGCAGGCGAUGGUGUGACCAAAGUCCGCGCCCAUAGGCAAGCUCACUCUGCAGUGACCAAGUACAGAGUCUUGGACAGCAGCAGUGGUUGCAGCCUCGUGGAGCUCCAGCCUUUUACUGAAGUGAAGCACCAGAUGAGGGUUCACAUGGCACUUGCUCUGACAUGCCCCAUUCUUGGUGACCACAAAUAUUCCCACUGGAGCAAACUGGCACCCCAGAAAUUACCAGACCAUGUGCUGGGAAAGCUUGGACUGGAACAGAGCAAGAGCCGGUAUCUUCCUCUACAUGUGCUCGCUCGACAGCUGACGCUGCCAGGUACCAAUGGAGCUGACGUCAACGUGUCCUGUCCCCUGCCUAAAUACUUCACACAAACGUUGAAUCGACUGCAUUUAACCCUUCCUGACAAAAAAGACCAUACAUAACCACCUCUUCGUUUUUUGUUAAAUUCUUAUCAAUCCAAGUGAUGUCUAAAUGUUUUGGGCAUCGGUCUGAAGGAUUUCAGACUGCAACGUGGGUGAAAAGUGUAUCAUCCUAAAUGCAAAAUUAAAUCAAGCUGGGUUAUUGUGAGGUUAUGUGAAAUUAUCAAAUGGAAAAUGACUGUACAGUGCUAAACUCAUUUUAGUAAUAAACAAAGCAGAACUGUAUUACAACUAUUUUUGUCAAUGUAGUUAAUCCAAAUAGACGAUAACUAGACAAUGGAUGCUGUUGGUGUAACAAGUUUGUUUUUUUUGUUUUUUAAAGGCCAGCAACUAAUCCUUCUUUCAAAUAUCAGUUGCAUUUCUACAGACAACACUGCACUUAAUACUUUCAUUUUUUGAAUUGCUUGUCAUGACUUUUGAGACAAGGAUUAAUACUGUUAGCUAAACAAAGACUUUUCCAUCUGCAUGUCCUGUUUAAUAACCUACUAUACAUACAGGAAUAAGUUGGCAAAAAUCCUUGAUGGUGUUUAAAUCACUAGCUUUGACCUGAGAAAAAAAAAGUUUCCAAUCUCCUGAAUGACCACAAUAUAGCACUUUGACCUUGUGAAUAUCUGAGGUUCGACUCACUUAAUGAUCCACAAGCAUAAAUAAUGACGUCAUUUUUGAAAACAGGCACAAGUUCUUCAGUUUUGAAUGUAUCAAUUAUGUGAUCCAAAAUGCAGUCAGUAUACAAAACAAUUGUGAGAAGAAGUCCCUGUAAUUGUCCAUUAAGACGUCAUGUAUCAUAGUGGGACUUUGAAGAGACGUAAUAUGUGUUAAAUGCUCUGUGAGGUUAAGUACUGAAGGGUUAUAUCCUCAAAUUGAUACUUUUAUAGGAAAAUGUACCACAUCUGCUGAGUCGAGAGGGCAGGAGGUCAAUCAAAGUCCAGCAGCGGUAAGACUAAAGCCUCCCUUACUUGCCAGUUUAAAAGGUUACAGAGGCAAUGGCUUA